AUGGCCGUGAGCGAGCCAAAUGGGCCGCUACAGACGAGCAACGGCCACGCUAAUGGUUACACGAAUGGCCAUGCCAAAGGCGUGAAUGCAAAAGGUGCAGGGCCGACAAAGAGAGUCAAGUCGACCAAGAGGAAAAACGGAUUUACGAAAUGGAUCGUGGGCGCGGCGUCCCGGCUGCUUAUCUGGUAUACCAUCGCCACCGUCCUGUUCCGCUGCCCUUCAACGCUCGAAGCUUGCGACGAGUCUUCUCCAGCGGUCUGCGAUUACUACUUUAGGGCCAAAACCGCCAUCGCACCCCACGUCCAGCCGUACUACGAGCAAUACGCAGCCCCGUAUGUCGAGCUUGCUCAGCCUUACUACGACACAGUGAAUGGCAAACUCCUGAGCCCUGUUCGAUCGUACGCUGUCCAUUACGGGGGCCCCUGGGCUACGAAGGCUCGCGAUCAAAGCUAUGCCCAAUGGGAGAAGUAUGGCCAGCCUCAGCUGGCGCGAACCAAUGCUCUUGUACAAGAAAACUACGACAAGACUCUGGCGCCCCAUGUACAAAGCUUCAACCAACAGUUGGGUCCGUACUUGGAGAUUGCUCGCACAAACGUGUGGCAGGCGUACUACGAGUACGUCGUUCCUAGCUAUCAAUUUGCCCAGCCCUACGCGGUUCAAGCAUAUGAUACUACGUCUGACUUCACAAAAACCACUGCACUGCCUGCAGCGUGGUGGACCUGGAACAAGUCGCGCGCCUUUCUCGACAGUGCUGUUUGGCCCCAUAUCCGCCUAAUCUAUCUCCAGAACGUCGAGCCUCAACUCAUCCGCAUUGGCGAGCGUCUUGGCCGGUAUAAGACCAAGGUCAAGGCCAAGUCGACGCCGAAGUUGCAAGAAGCUGAAAAUGUUUUGACGGAAUCGUCCUUCAGCAAGCCGACUCAGGCCAGCGCAUCUUCAUCAUCCAGCGUCGCCGAGGCAACCCACUCUGCUGUGGCUGACGAGGCCGAAUUCAUUUCCAACCCUGUCGAAGCCCCCCCAGCUACCGGGAACGAAUCAGACAAGCGCAAGAAAGUGCGAGAGAUGGUGGCUGAGGACCUCGAGCUCUGGCAGACCAAGUUCGCCGAGCAAGCUGAUGAGGGCGCCAACGAUAUGGAGGACCGCAUCGACGGCAUCGCGAAGCGUAUGAUUGACGAGCAUGCUCAAGUCAAGGGCAAAGAGCUCAUGAAUGUACUCGAAAACACCAUUCGCACACAAACAGACAAGCUCAAGGAGACGAUUUCAAGCAUCGUGUCAAGCGCGUCCAACUCCCCAGAAGACGCCGAGAGCCAGGCUGUUCAAGCGGUUCGGGCUGCUGGUGUCGCGAUCAAGGAGCAGGCAAAAGCUGUCCGCGACUGGCGUCAGUCCUACGAUGCGGAACUUCACGAUACCGUCGUGAGGGCAGCCGACGUUCACUUUCAGAUCCUGGACGAAACUAGAAACCUUGCCCUACAGAAGAUCGGCAUGAAGUGGGCCUGGGCAGAUGGUGUGACCUACAAGGAUUGGGAGAAGUAUCACGAGCUGAAGAGCACAUUGCGUGAGUGGACUGAACAGCUGAAGCAACUGAUCGUCAGCCACCCCAGCCUCUUGACAGCUCAGGAGGCUUCCGCUCAAAUUGAGGACGAAUCGAUGGAAAUGGCCGCGGCUGCCGCCAAGGAGCUCGGGAGGCUCAAGGAAGUGGCCCACUACAAGAUCGUCGCCAAGGACGCCACUGAUAACUACGAGUCUGAAGCCAUGCGACUGGCUGCCGAUGCCGCCGAGCAGGCGUCUUCCGCGGCGGCAGCAGCAUCUCAGAAGGUGGCCGAAGCCAAGGCGGCGAUGUCCAGCAAGGCAGCUGAGGCUGAGGCACUAGCUUCUGAAGGCGCCGCAAACGCCAAGUCGAGCUUUGCCGACAAGUUCGAGGAUGCAUCCUCUGUUGUCUCCGAGAACGUGGCCGCCGCUUCCUCUGCUGCGUCUAGUGUGGCCGAUGAUGUCGUUUCUUCUGUUACCGAAACCGUCAGUGCUGCUAGUGACAAGGUCGAUGAUCAGAGCACGGCUGCCUCCCAGAGCGCCUCGAGCAUCCUUGUUGAGGCAGAGAAAGCCACCGACGAGGCUGGAGAUGAACUGUCCGAGACCUCGGCAACUGCUUCCAGCAAGGUCGAGGAGGCUCUGAGCGAAGCUUCCGCGUCCGCGUCCAUGGCUGGAGACAACUUUAACGGUGCUGCUGAGGAUGUCAGCAGCGCAGCUGAAGAUACUGCCUCUGUCGUAUCAGAGUCGAUGUCGAGCUUCACGGACGAUGCCGCUUCCUCGGUGUCUAGCUUCGCAGAGAGCGAGGACAAGCCCGAAACCUCUUUCGCGUCGGAGGCGUCCGAUGCCCUUGUCGGUGACGCUGAAUCUAUCGUGGACCAUGCUGGCAGCGUUGUGGCAGACAUCGAAAUUGAAGAGGACCCGUCCACGGAAAAGGAUGACACGCCCAUUGCGGACCAUACGGCAUCAGUCAAGCCUGCGUUCCUGGGCGCGGCCGCUCAAGCUGUUUCGGACCGCAAGCCCAUCCUCGACGACUACGAUGAAUCGGACGCUACCGACAUUGUGUCGCGCGGCAGGGCUUCGGCCGAGGCUGCGUACAGCGAUGCUGUGGCUGCUGCCAAGGAACAGUACGCGAGCGCCGCCUCGGUCGUGUCGGCGCAAAUCUACGGCACCCCCAAGCCUGUCCACGAGGAGCUCCUCUCCUCCUUGUCUGCUGGCUAUGACGGUGCCGUAGCAGCAGCUUCCUCUCGAUGGAACGAUGUCAUCUCUGGAGUGAAGCCUACCACCACGGCUCCUCCCGUCCCGACAGCCUACGUUGACUGGUCCAAGGUGGAGUCUAUUGCCUCUCAACGCCUUCAGGAGGGGCGUCUAUGGGCUGAGCUGCAGUACCAGAGUGCAGUCAUUGCGCUUGGUCUGUCUAAGCCUACCCCGUCCUCGGUGCCCGAGAAGUAUCUGGACGAGGCCAAGAAGAACUACUAUGCCGGGUUGGGAAUGGCGCAGGAACGCUACUCGAACUUCAUCGCGGCUGCUUCCUCGGCCAUGUCCUCGCUGACGGCGACGCCAACCCCUACGGACUUUGCUGGUACAGCUUCCUCCAUUGCUUCGGUCGCCCGCGAGUCCGCCUCCUCUGCUCUGCAUGCGGCGGAGAAGGCUGCCGAGUCUGUGUACUCGGAUGCCACGGAGAAUGUGGCCUCCGCUAUCCAGGCAGUUGAUCAGGGCAUCUACUCGGCCAUUGAUGCGGCUACCGAGCAGAUGUACUUGACCGGGGCUGCCCUUGCCGACACGUGGGACAAUGUUGUCGGGCAGCUCAACGGACAGAUCUAUGGCGAGCAGAAGCAGCUGGGCUGGUACGACAACCUUUUCAACGACGCCAGCUCUGCUGCUUCCGCUGCCACCGAAGCUGUCGUGGACCAGGCCUCGGCGGCGACCGACGCUGCUGGCGACAAUGCCGCUGCUGCACAAAGCGAGGCUGCCAAGCAGUUCUCGGCUGUCAACAAUCUCGUGUCAGAGCUGGUGAGUGGCAAGGAGCCUUCGUUCACCGAGAGCGUGCUCUCCCGUCUGAAUGCCGUCUACGCCACGGCGGCGUCCAACAUUGGUAGCUAUGCCAGCGAGGCAAGCGAGGCCGCUUCCUCGGUGGGUGGCAAGGUGAACAGCGCCGUCAACCAGGCUGCCGAGGCCGUCAAGGAGACUGUCCAGAACGCCAGGGACGAGCUGUGA